CGGGUUGGGGUAGGGUAGGUUUCAGUCGAGAGCAUUCUGCAUGUUUCUUCCCGGCCCCAAGAGAGCCAUUUCUUUCUCUGUCGCUCAGUCGUAUCUUUGUGUCUGAUAGCGUUCCACACUGUAUUUCCUGCCUCAUCCUUCUCUUCUUUUUUUCCCCUCUUAGGUUUUUUGUUUUUUUUUUAAGCCAGUCUCGAAACUCAUUAGGAAGUGUUUAUAAGAAUAGAAUAGUGGCUGCAGUUUUUGCCUAGCACAGGAAAAAAAGCAAUCCCCGCAACUAAAAGGUUUAAAUGUGACCUCAUUGAGGUAUUAACUCUAGAUCAAAGUUGGAAGAGCUGUUGAAACAUAGGAAAAAAGCCAUGGAAAUUUAAGAUAAUACGAAAUGGGUUUUGCCAAAGCCAGAUCACUCCUAGGAGAGAAGACCUUAUGCUGGGGUGUGCUUCCUCUGUGAGAGGAAGUGAAAUGAUUCUGUAGACAGAUUUACUAUGCAGUUCGGCUGCCAGACUCUAUCACAGCUCUGAAAAACGUAAGUGAGCUAAAUAUGGUAGGUUUUUCACGGGAAGAGUGAAAAAUCUAUGGGAACUACUGAUACUUCCAUUGAAAAAGUAUAAAACUGCAGCAAACCAUUUUUGAUGGAAGUACCUCAGCUUAUUUUUUUUUUAAAUGAAAAUCCAAUUUUUUUUCCACCGAGUUUAAUCCCAGGAAGAGAUGAAUACUUUGUGUUAAAAACCCCUCUUCUAUGAUUCAGUUUUGAUGUAGAUUCCUGGGGGGGAGUCAGUGUGGCUCUCUUGUAGAGACCUGAGGCAGAUUCUUCUGAAUUUGCCAGAAUGUAAUCAAUGGACGGACCUAUGUGUAUUGCUUGUGAUUAUCCCUCUAAGCUUCAUUAUUAAGUUAUUUUUAUUAAGUGAAAAGCUGUUUCUGUGGUUUUGGCAUUUAAAAAAUAAAAAACUGUAAUUACAAGUAUUUGCUUUUAUAUAGCAAAUUUAUUUUAAUAAUCAAAUUCAGUGUCUACCUGUCUUGAUAAAUUCUGCUUGAAUUUUGAUGCUUGUCAGCAUCAAUUUUGAACAGAGCAAGUUAUCUUGAGUCUUGACAAGACCACUGAAUUUAUGAGGCUUUAUCUCAGAAACCUGGGUGUUGUCUUCAUGCUUUGGUUUUUUAUCUUCAAGCAUGAUUCCCUUCAGGGAAUUUCAGUAUUUAUAAUGCAUAUAAUUAUCUCCAAGAUGUACAGGUAUGCUGUCGUGCUUACUUUUUUCAGGCAUAGCAAAGGAUUGGAGUCAACAAGAUUAAAAAAGAAAAAAAAGCUUGUGAUAAACUGUGUGUGGGCUAUGUAGCUUCACUUCCAUUCUGAUUUAGGAAGUUGGGGACUGAUUACUCAUGUGGUUAUCAGCUAAAGAUACCAGGAGCAGGCUGUGUUGUAGAUCAGUCAGAGGAUAAUGAGUGCAGUAUUUAUAGGUGAUGGUAACAGCUCAUUGUAAUGCAGAUGGUGUAGUUAAAAAUGAAUAAAAAUAGAGCUUCUUGGCACUUAGGUUCUUUUAUAAGGAUUUAUUGUGUCCUAAAAUACCUGCAGUGUUAAGAAGAUGAGAAUUUGGAGUAUGGAGUACCUACCUUGCAGGUGACUGUGCUGUUUCACCUGAUGCAUGAGCUGCUCAAGUGCUGUGUUGAUGUUUGCAGCAGUGGAUUGAUCCUUCAGUGUCUGUUUUUCUCUUCAGUUAAGUUUGGCCAGAAUAAUGAGAUUCUUCUGCAUUUAUUGGAAGAAUUCAGCAAGCAUAAAUUGCCCUGUGCAGGGACUUAAUUCCUGCCAGACACUUUUUGAGGUAUCAGUACCAUGCCUCUUUUCCUACUCCUGUGGGAUAAGGAUUCUGUUGUAGCAUAAACCACGGUUAUCCAUACUUGUAAAGACGUAAUACUAGGCACAGGUUAAAAAGGCUAUUCCCACUUCCUGAGGUGAAGGGUUUGUAUAGGCUCCUGACAAGGUUCUGUCUUUGAGCUCAGGCUUAGAGCUUCAAUUACAGUCUGCAGCAGAAGCAAUCAUCAGAAAAAGAGAUGCAGUUAGUGAGGUAUUUAAAAUAAUAUGCACAUUCAUGCAAUUUAUAGGAAGUACCCAAAUUUCAGGAUUUAUAGGUGCUCAUUGUGAAUACAAGGAAUAUGAGCUCACUCAUUUUUACUAGUAAGCAGCACAAACAUCAGUUCAGGAAAAGGUAGCUCUAGGAGGCUGUUGCUAAGUGAUCCCAGGAAAUCUGCCAACUAUCUUACAUCGGUUUGAUGGACAUAUUUAGACCAAAACAUGGGAGAAAACAUCUCUAACCAAAACCCCAGUUGUACCUUAAAAGUGCUGGUUUAGAAAUUUUUCUCUGUGAGAACAGAGCAAGAAUAACCAAAAUCUCCUGUCUUUUACUAAAUUGUAAACUUAAAAAAAAUUUGGGAAGCUUAAAUUGAAAGAACAUGUAAUAGAUUUGCUCUGGCAUCACCUGAACACAUGAUCUUAUUGUAAUGAUAAAACACAAUAUAAAUACUUCCAUAAGAAUGGCUCAGCAGUGUUGUGACGUGAAGCACUAGGGAGAGAGGGCCUUUAUUUCUGGAUAGAAGAGUGAGGUAUGGGGCACAGAAUGUCUCUUGCCAUAGUGACACGUGUGGGUGCCAGAGGAGAUUUGUCCUCUGGCCAAGUCCAGCCUGAGCUGCUGGCAAACUCAGGAGAUCAAAGUACUCUGUUCUCAAGAAUUUCUCAUCCUCGUGGAUCCUCUCCCAAUAUUUUUGGAGCCCUGAACAAAUAAGAGGAAUAGAUCUGAAUUUCAAACCCAAGAUGGCUCAGAAGAGGAGCUCAAGUGGGCGGUCAUUCCCAUUGCUGCUGCUGCUGAUUGCUGUGGCCUUUGUUCAUUUAACUGUCUGUCCUUUUACAAAAGUGGAGGAAAGCUUUAACCUGCAAGCUAUCCAUGAUGUGGUGUACCACCAGCUGGACUUGGAUAAGUAUGACCAUCAUGAAUUUCCUGGAGUUGUCCCAAGAACGUUCCUUGGACCAAUUUUUAUUGCUGCUCUUUCCAGCCCGGCUAUCUACAUACUUUCUGUGCUAAGAAUGUCCAAGUUUUAUUCCCAGCUGAUAGUCCGAGGGAGUUUGGGGCUCAGUGUGAUUUACACCUUAUGGAAGCUGCAGAAAGAAGUUAGAAAACAGUUUGGAGCAACUACAGCAUCAAUCUUCUGUCUCAUCACUGUUACUCAGUUUCAUUUGAUGUUUUACUGUACAAGAACCCUUCCUAAUGUGUUUGCACUUCCAUUCGUGCUUUUGGCAUUGACGUUUUGGAUACAGCAAAAGCAAAGGCCAUUCAUUUGGUUCUCAGCUUUGGCAAUUAUAGUCUUCAGAUCAGAGCUCUGCAUAUUCUUAGGCCUCAUGCUCCUGGUGACGUUAUUAACUAAAAGAAUCUCCAUUUUCAAGGUGCUUUCCCAUGCUGUUCCUGCUGGAAUGUUUUGGUUGGGGCUAACAGUUGCUGUGGAUUCUCUAUUUUGGAGGCAGCUUGUGUGGCCUGAGGGGAAAGUGCUCUGGUAUAACACAGUUUUAAACAAAAGUUCCAACUGGGGAACCUCUCCCUUCUUGUGGUAUUUCUAUUCAGCCCUGCCUCGUGCUUUGGGAUGCAGCAUAAUAUUUGUACCUUUAGGGGUAACAGAAAAGAGAACUCGGAUUUUACUUUUGCCAGCACUGGGCUUUAUUUUCCUGUAUUCGUUUCUCCCACACAAAGAGCUGCGUUUCAUCAUCUAUACUUUCCCUGUUUUCAACAUAGUGGCUGCUAAAAUGUGCUCACGAAUUCUGAAUAACUACCGGAGAUCCUGGCUGUACAAACUUGGAUCAUUCUUUAUUAUAAUGCAUCUUCUACUCAAUGCUGUUUAUUCAGGAACAUCUUUAUAUGUUUCACAUUUCAAUUAUCCUGGAGGAGUGGCAAUUCAGAAGUUGCAUGAGUUGGUGCCUUCAACAGCAGAUGUCUCUGUUCAUAUUGAUGUGGCUGCAGCGCAAACGGGAGUUUCUCGGUUUCUGGAAAUCAAUUCCGAUUGGAGGUAUGACAAAAGAGAAGAUGUUAAACCAGGAGACCAGUUGAUGUUUUCUUACACACAUAUACUGAUGGAAACAAAUCCUCUUCAAAUAUCACAUUACAAGACAACCCACAGGCCACUGGCAAAUAUACCUGGCAUCAGUAAAAUCGGGUUGAACCUUACUGCACUACCUCCUUUUACUUUAAACUUGAAACCAAAAUUAGUACUGUUGGAAAAACUUCCUCUAUCAUCUUGACUGUGAAUUUUAAGUAAGUCUUUUGAUGUGCUUUUGCUGAUGAUUGAACUAUAUAAGACAGCAGCAGAUUGGCAUUCCAGCACUGCAACUCAGCUUCUGUGGAGAGGCACGGAAAAUCUCUGUACCAUUCGGUAUUUAGCUCUGUCCUGUUUCUUACGUAAAUAAUACAGUGCAUUCCUAGUCAGUAUAUGCCCAGUAUACCGAGUUGUAUUGUUAGAUAUGUUUGAGAGAGGUUGACUACAAGUUUAGUGGUAUUAAGUAAAACCUGUCUACUUGGUUCGGUAUCUGUUUCAUCAUGUAGCACAGGUAUGUCCUAAUUGUCCUGUAUAAGAUACAAAACCAACAGGUUUGUGCUAGGGCAGUAAUUUGAUAUGUAAUCUAUGUGUGCAAAGAUGUAUUACUUUAUGUAUCUGCAGGAUUGUAACCCCCUCAGCUGUCACAUUGCCAGUGUGAAACCUAAUGAUGUUAUGAACAUAGGAAAGCCAUAUUCAUCAUUGCUUCGUCAUAAUAUCUAAUUGUGCCCUGUAGGCUACCAAACUAAUGAAACAUUCACUUACAAAGCAGUUGGACCUCUUGACAAGCACUGUUUCAUAACAGAUUUGAGUACUAAGGAUGAUUGUCUCCAUUCCAACAGUUCAUGAAAAAGCAGUAACUUGGAUUUCCUGUGAAAAAGAAUCUUUAAAAUAAUUUUUCCCCUCUUCUGCUGUAAUGGUACCUUUAUUUGCAGUGGAAAAAUUACCUAUGAAAAUGCCCACUUUAAGAUAGGUGCUGUUUUCCUUUUUUUAAAUUAAGUAAUCCCUUUGAAAAGGAGUACUCUAAUGUGCCAUGUGCUGCAUUCUAUAAACUAGGGUAAGAUUGCAUGCGCUGUAGUUUCUUUAUUAGAUGUUUUUGUUAAGGAUGUCCUCAUAGAUUGCUGAAUGGAACAAGGAAAAAAAGUUAGAAUUCUGGUUAAGGCCAGUUGUAAUAUGACAGAAGCUCCAUUAGUGUAAAAUGUCAGAAUCAUUGAAAUUAUCAUGAGCAGAAAACUAUUCCUUGCUGACUGAAAACUUGAGUAAAAUAUAAUUAUGGAAUAAA